GACCGAGUGGCGUUUUGUUGCUGCGAGAGAGAGAAAUCGCCGUCCAAGGAGGGCACGGACUUCUCGGCGACGUUCGACCGGGCGCGGAAACCAUGUCGGACGCGACGGUGGACGAACGAAUGACUGAUGAGAUCGAGGCAUUGAAGGCGAUUCUGUUAGACAACGAGCUCAACAUCAAGGAGAACGAUAGAGGAGAACCAGAGUGUAUCGAGACGAUACUGUUUCCAUCAACCGGCGAGGAUUCGCAGUCACAAUAUGUUUGUGUCACGCUGAUUGUACGAUUACCCUCGGGUUAUCCCGAUGUCUCGCCGACUAUCAAUCUGAGAAACCCAAGAGGAUUGGACGAGGAUACGGUAAAGCUGAUGCAAUCCGAUGCUGAGGCCAAAUGCAAGGAUUUCAUAGGCCAGCCAGUCAUGUUCGAAUUAAUUGAGUUAAUACGAGAACAUCUGACGAGGAGCAAUCUCCCUACCGAUCAGUGUGCUGUGUGCUUAUACGGCUUCCGAGAGGGGGAUGAAUUUACGAAGACGGAAUGCUAUCACUAUUUUCAUUCACACUGUUUGGCGGCACACGUCGCCGCUGCUGAGAGAUAUUACAGGGAAGAGCAGGAGAAGUUACCGCAGUGGCAACAGGAUACUACGAAUAAGUUCCAAGCUUUAUGUCCCGUUUGUCGAGAAUCUAUCAACUGCGACGUUGAGAGCUUGUGGUCAGCGCCGCCGCCGAUUGACGUCGAGGCUGCCACCGAUUUCUCUGUCACCGCUGAAUUGAGGGAACUGCAGAAGCACAUGGCCGCUCUGUACUUGCGACAACAACAGCGGGGCGGUAUAAUCGAUUUGGAGGCCGAAGGCGUCAAAAUGUUGGUAAGGACGGAGGACGAUCCCGCCGCUGCCGCAGAAGAGGUCAGCCCACCUGGCACGAGCUUGAACGCGUAUUCGAAUACCACCACCAUGCAAUCGGUUACUCAAGUGCACUCGAAGCAAUCGACGCACCAGUCGCAAAAUCACCAUCACUCACAGUACCAAUCGCGCAAUCAGAUGCAGCAUAAUCACGGCCACAACAAUCAUAAUCACGGCCAUCGGCAUCGGGGUCGCGGUCGGGCCCAUUACCGGCGCCACUUUGACAAAGUCAGGCAGACGGAAUCUACUCCCAGAUGACAAUGGGCUCGUGAUAAAUUCGCCGCCCAAGUCUGCUCUGGUCUCCUCUCCGCUCUUUUGUUCUUGAUAAGUCCCGUUUGCGCUUUCGAGCUUUUACUAAAUGUAUACAAUAAUCUAGUUAACAUUAGUAGCUUAAUCAGUAUAUUACAUGGCUGUUUGUCCUCCUCGAAUAGUCGCAUUGCGAUAAUAAACUUAUAGGUGUCGUUGCUCGACGACAGCAUCCCCGUCGCCACGAGGGCGAUGGGAUGCGUCGCGACUUCUCGUCUGGACUGUCUACGUAGAUCGAAGCCGUGGUGCUCUUUCUUCGAACAAUUCGUAAUCGUACAAAGUA